AUGGAGGUGAAGAUCUUGCAAGCUGAUGGACUGCCGCAGGAUGGGCUGAUCGCGUUCAAGGUAGGCUCAGAGAGGAAGCAGAACAAGAUGGAGGUGGGGCAUCCCUGCACCGUGAUGAUGCCAACAUCUGGACCCACCACAUGCUCAGUCAGUGUGCUGAAGAGCAUGGGUGGCGGCGAACUUCCUGUGCCAAAGACCGCAGAGGAAGGUGGAGGGAAGAUGAAGGUGCCUGUGGUCAAACCGGACGGAACGACAAGUGAGCUGCUCGUGCAGACGAGGCCUCUGCCGACCAAGUCGGCAGAAAUGGACGACGCCGCGAAGAAAAUGCAGGAGCAGGCACGCGAGACCGUCCAGGCUCUACUGUCAGAACUCCUCCGAGACCAACCCGCAGAUCCUUAUGCGUUCAUGCUGCAGCGUUUGAAGGCGUCCAAGGACAAUGGCGGCUUGAAGCCGUCAGAGGGCGACACCGUCAUGCUGCGAGCCUCGGACGGAGCUGCUGGAGCUUCAGUCACAAGCUUCGUCCGGGACGAGCUCAUGAACUGCAUCAAAUGA